GUCUCUGUACCUUCAGCACUCCAUAAAGACUACAGGGGCUCAUCUCAAACUUUGCUACUGACUCAAAGUUUGACUUCUUUUUUUCUUUCUCUCCUGUUUUUUCACUCUGAGUGGUCCUGGCAUCACUGUACCCUGUCUCAUUUAUCCUCUCCUCUCUUGACAACUUUCCUCGUCGCUCUGACUGACGAGCGCGAAGAAGAAACCGGAGCACGUGACAAUUUCCGGAGUUCAAAUUAUUUAUUAAUUUUCUAUUUAUUUAUUUAUCUUCGUGUUUUUUUGUUUCUCUCGGACCUGAAACAAUAUGAAAUGUAAGUGUUUGUGUAUUUUUAAUUCAUAAUUGUUUUAAUUUUUAAUAUUGCUUUUUCUCUUGCAACUUUUACUUUAUUUUUUAAACGCCAAAAUCUUAAUGUUUGUAACAGACCUAAUGAAUUUAACCUGCCUUUUUAAAUGAUAAAACUCUGCCUUCUUACUUAACAUGAACUUCACUUUGGACUCCACUAUGCAAGUGUUAAAGUUAACACAAGGACAGCACUUGGGCUUAGAUGCUCCUGCAGUGUUAUUUUGGCUCUGAUUCUUGUGGUUCACCUGUAAUUAUCAAGCAUUCAUCAUUUCAACACCACUGUGGUUCCCUUUUAAUACUUAGUCUACCUUGUAUUUCAACUUGAAAGGAAAAGAAUGAAUGAGCUUACUGUUAGAGAGUUGACUUGGCUGCCUCUAUAUAAUUUAUACCACCAGCUCACCUACCUAUCCAGUUGCAGGUGUGACAAUCAGCGGCAUUCAUUGCGUUGCUUACGGUGAAGGAGUGAAGGUGAUAUUCAGUGUCAAAGCCCGGCUGUUUUUUAAUGAUUUAAUUAUUUGCAUCCCAGCCUGUGACAACAUGACUCUGACACUGGAUUCCUCAGCCAAGUCUGGAGCCAUUGUUUAUGUUAUGGUGCAAUAUCUCCCCCUUUCAGCUGACAGCCGUGGCCUGAGGUUGUUAUCAUUAUGGCGAGAUGACAGCGCCUUUCCACUAAUUGCUUCCGUUUUGUUCUUCCCCCUGCAGUGCUGCUCGACUCCUCCUCAUCGCUCCUCUUCUCGCUGCUAUUGGCCCAGCUGCCCGUGUUUACGUUGGCCUCUCCUGUGCCCCAGCGGCGGCCUUCUGACAUGGAUAAACUGUCCAAUCAGACCAAAAAUCUAAUGAAGCUCACCCAAGAUCUGCUGGUAAGUGAUGAUGGAGCUAUUGAUUGGAGGAGAUGCUGAUGAGGCCUUUGCUAACUGAAUUAUUAGUGAGAGGGAGGGGUAGGAGGCUCGUCAUUGAUUGACCUUUCCCUAAUUGGAUGUUGAUGUUACCUAAAUGAAAGGUACAAUCACACCGACUUGCUCAGAUCACUGUCGUGGAAAGUCUUCUUGGCUGAGCUAUGUUACAUUCGCUCAGGCCACAGUUUGACAUAAGCAGCUUUCAUUGAUGACAGACUGGCUGGAGUCCAUCUGUAUGCUUAGAUCAGGGCACCAAAAGCCUCGAGGGGGGAUUUGACUGGGUGAUCUCACUUUUAAUCCAAACUAGACUCGGAACGGACGGAGGGGAGGUCUGACUCAGCAGCCUGCUGGUCUGCCUGGUCACCUGGCUGCUUGUGAAGGUAGCAGAGGUUGUUGGCAAGGGUAGUGCCUUUAUCCAGAAUAGUGAAGAUUACAUGUCAAGGUUUGAGCAAUGUUAUGCAGAAGGGGAAACACAAACUAUAAAGUACGCAUCAACUUUUGCCACACCGCCCAGCAUGUCUAUCAAACACCUGCUUCCAUAAAAAUAAGUUAAUGCUCUGCUGUUGGAAAAGUAAGGAUGAAGUUUGAGCCCCUCAUGAUGGAAUGAGAUCCACUUGCACUGAUAACUUUGGCCUGAAAUCUUCAUUUGUGACAGGCACUGGAGUGGAAAAAUCCUAAAUGAGACCUUAAGCAAGAAGAGACUUUAGCUCCAGCCUGUGAUUGUGUGUCCACAGUGUAUUUUAACAGGUGAAAAGAAAGCGGGAUCUUAUCUCAGCAUCUUUGGUUACACAUGACCGAUCCAGAUUCUAUUUUUGCAUUAUGCAAAUCUUGAAACCCUUUUGUUCAGGAGAUAAAAUCAAAAAUAGCUGCAUACUCUCUCUAGUCUCAGCUAGUAGAUAAUGGUCAAAAUGUGUGUGUAUGUGUGAGUGAGUGUGUGUUUGUUGCUUUAAAACAAUGUUAAAGACUUUAGUGAAGCAGAAGUCAGACUUUUGAACUGUAUGCGAACAAACCAGCACUAUCAAAGAGAGUCUGGAACAGUAUUAGACAGUGUUUAAAAAACAUAGAAGAUGUAUUUUUAAUUCUUUUUUCCAUACUGUGUGGAUUUCCACUAAAAAGAGGUCAAAAUUAGGAAAGAUAAAUAGAAUAGGAAUCCAUGGAAAGUCCCUGCAAAAAAGCAAUGAAACUGAUGCUUUAUAGAGAGAGAGAAACGUGUGUGUGAGUCUGUUUACACACAUAGGUCUGUAUAAGUUUUCCGAAGCCACUUUGUACGUGUGAGUAAGUGUUUAAGUGCAUACAGUAUCUGUGCAAAUGUGUAUAUGUGUGCAUGCAUUUCUGUGUAUGCAUUUUUGUGGCAGUGUGUUGUGUGCUGUGAGGGUUCUGUAAAUAGUCAUGUUUGUGUAAGUGUGGUGUUUAGUGUUUUACCUUUGGUCUCCACAGCAAAGUGGCUUGAUAAAAAUCAGAAAAGAUUUAUCACAUUCCAUUAUUUGCAUUCAGGAAGAAAAAAGGCUGGAUGCUGAGUUCUGUCGGGUGAGGUCAUGAUCUGUGAUGGAGAGAGAGCAAGAAAAGAAAGGAUAAGAGGGAGAAUUAAAGGCUGAGAAAGAGGGAGCGAAAACCACAAGAGAUGAAGAGAUCAGAGGGCCAACUAGAUGACAAGCCAGCGGUGUAUUUGUGUGCAUGCAUGCACGUGUGCGUGUGACGUUGGAUGUGCUUGUGCACCUGGUUUGAGAGGGAGAGAAAGGAGAGAAGAGAAGGGGGGGAAGAGAGACGAGGGUAGGGGACAGAAGGGGACAAAAGAUACAGAGACAAAACAUCAGACCACAAACAUAAGGUAGCUCUUAUGGAGGCUGAUGGAAAGACGUAGGAAGACAAAGCAGCACAUUCAUCACUAAAAAACAACAACAUAAACAAUCGGAGAUAAAGAGCGGUGCAAGGAACUCACUGAAAAACAGGUUAAGGAAGCAUUAAGCACACACAACCUGUUUACCAAAAAAAUUGUCAGCAAUUAUCGUCCUUUUGCUGUUUUGUUCCUCUACUGAUUAGAAAUGACGCACACCACAUCACUCAUCUUCAUCCCCAUUCAUUAUUGACUCUGAUGCACCUCUUUAGUUCUAAACUACUGAUGAGAGCUGUUGCAGUUGUAAAGGUAGAAGCCUACAGGCCUGCAAUCAGGUUCUUUGUCCCCCUCUAGUGGCUGUGACAGGCACUACAUCUGCUGUCUAGACUUAGUUUACAACACACAACUCUGGCUGGGCAGCUGUACUGCGUCAUUCCAUCUUUUUAUAGCUGUGACCCUGGAGUUUCCCUACAGCCUUGUGUUGUCUGUUGCACCCUGAGCUUUCUUAGUCACUGCAUAUGUUGUUAUCCUCGCUCCCUGUAGAAAACAUCCUGUGGGUUCAGGUCAUUUGCUCUCAUUGUUGACAUUUGGGGUGGCUAAAUGUGGGUGAACUCACACUGACCCGAUCAACCGCACUCCCUUCAGUAAGAGCUACUGUCUCUAAGCACAGAAAACAGUCACCCAAGCAAGGUGCUGCACUAAUACUUUCCUCAUGUUGCCGUGACUUGUCUCAGGAUGGGUUAAAUUGUGUUGAUGCAAAUUACUGACGGGCCGCUCUGUGUCUUGUUUUCUCUUUCAGAGGGAGCAUGCGUUUGACUCAGACGUGGAGCCACACAGGUUCAGGUCUCUGCCAGAAAUGAGCAACAGAUCAGCCAAUGACCUCAGCAAUCUUGAGGUAAUGCUCUGAUAAUGUAACUGUGUGUAAAUGUGUUUGUGUAUGUGUGUGAGUGUGUGUGUGCGUGCGUGCUGUCUGUCUGCCCUGUUUCUAGCCAUACUGUUACAUCUUGCCACACCCGUGCUAAGUCUCUAAAGUAUGUCUGUGUAUUUUCCAGCUGAAGCCCACACUCUCUCAGCUGCAUGCUGACCUGAAGCUGUACGAGCACCACUUUGAGUGGCUCAACAAAGUUUCAAAGAAGCACCACCACCCUGCUGUGCCCAAACUGGUGGAGAUGAUCAGAGAAAUGAAAUCUCUCAUUAACCUGCUGCACCGUCAGGUACAAAGCUCAAUUUCUACAUCUGACUCUAAAUUGUCUCCAGUGUGUGACGUCACAUCGAUACAAAUUUACCCUGAAAAGCUGUUUUUCUAAUCAAUCUGUCUCCCUGUUUUUACGCCUGUAGAUGCUGCGAGUUGAAGCACCCAGGUUACCCCCAGCGACGCCUUCCCUCCCCCCUCACCUGACCUACCAGUUUGAUGUCCUGCAGUCCAGCCAUGAGCUACUUCAACACUUCAAGCUCUUCUGUGACUGGGCGUACAGAGCAUUCCUCACCCUCAAGCCCAAAGCCUCUGCAGUUCAAUGAUGAUCUCAGCUCAUUUAUCCUUUUCCUUACAACUGCUCCACAGCAGAGCCAGUGAGGGAGGAUAAAGAGAGUCCCGCCUCAGCCAAAGGGGAAUCAGGACCAUGUCAGUGUGCGCUGUAGUCAAUAGCAUGCCUUAAUCGGCCUGAACAUCAACCAGUGACAUGUGUGUUGAAGAAUGUGUCUUUCCAUUAGAGCCAAUAAGGAUGCACUACACUGCAGACAGUUAAAACCAUUAAUGCAGACUGCCAAUUUGACUACAGUGAUCACACAACUCCCCAAACUCUCCUCUAAAGGCCUUGUUCGUGACCAUGUUAUUUAUGUAUUUAUUUAUUUAUUGUUGUUAGUAAUUUAUUUAAUUUUAUUUAUUUGAAGUUGUAAUGUUUCACUCUCUCCUGUUAUCUGUAUUUACGUGAAUUUAUUUGCCCACAUCUCUGUAAUCUUUAUUUUUGUCUGGUGUAUCACUGACCCUCAAGAAAAACACAGUAGCACUUCCUGAACCUAUCGCUCUGAUUAUUUCUUUUUGUGUAAAUGGACUUAAUCUACUUUGCAUUUGUGUAUUUCUCUAGCAAAUACUCUUCCAGUAGAUGUAGCAAACAUUUCAGACCGCCAAGGUUUUCUGUAACUCUACACGUACAGUGUCCUUAAAGUAAACAUAUCUUGUUAAUGUUCAAAAUGUGCCACGUCUUAAUGUAUCAGCUGAUAGACUAUGAUUUCAAUUUGCAUUUACAUUUAUCUGAAAACAAACAAACAAACAAAAGUAGCCAAAGAGAAGUGCUGUUCUUUGUAACACAGGUAAAAUUUCUUUUGUUAAUGCCUGUUUUUUUUGCAUUCUGCAUGAGGAGGCAUAUUUAACAUUGUGGUAAAGUUGAAUGAAUGUGCCCUGUUGCCGAGCACUGAUGGACCUGAUUAGAUUCUUUGCACAAACUUGUUGGGAUUAGCCUCUUGGAUGAGUGAGAGGGCUGAUUUUGAACCUGUGCUUUUGGGUAGAAAAGGUAGUUUUAUUUUUAGCAUAAAACCCAAAGCCUUAAAAUACUAUGUAUUGUGACACUAUGUUCUGUACAGGUGUACAUAAGUGUACAAGAAUGUAAAUUGUUGUAUACAACACUUUUGUGUAUUAUGUUGUUUUCUACAAUAUAACAUAGAUUACUUUACCAACUUUAUCACUAUUAAUUUUUGUUCAUUUCUAUUCUAGUAUUUGUUACAGUAUUGACUAUUUAUUUAAGUAACUUGGUGGAACUAUUUAUUUUGUGUUGGUGGAGCAAGCCUCCUAUCUUUUGUACUUUUAUACAGUUUUUAUUCUUAUCUACUAUUAUUAAUAUUAUUAUUAUUACACCAUCAUGUUAAAUUAUUUUUGUUACAUCAAGAUGCCUCUUCCACACACUGAUUGGCCUCAAUGUGAAAUAUGUGCCUUGGUGAAAUAAAUACUACAGAAUGUGCACAAUGGAUUUGAGUUUAUCUUCAGUAAAUUUUUAUCACAUGUGUCAAACUCAAGGCCCGGGGGCCAAAUCUGGCCCGUGGAACAAUUAUAUCUAGCCCACAAGAUCAUAUCAUAUUUGUAUUAUCAUUGGCCCACCGGUAUGAAGUCUGCAGAUUUCCUCCAGUAUAAUAUUGUAAACGUUAGCACCAUUAUUUAAAAUGUCCUUAAUAAGCCAUGAAAAUUUAGGAAAUUGAGAGUAAGGGAGAUUUGAUAAGUAGUCAAGAAUGUAAGGGAAGAAAUAUUUGGUGUUUUAUUUCAUGUUUUCAAUUUUGCAUUUCAAGAUUACAAGUCAAACAUGAUUGGAUUUUUUAUUUCAUGCUUCUAUUUGGUUUAACUCAGUAUUUAGACCUGUGUCAUUUUUAUACUUUAGAUUCUAAUUUUAAAUUUUACGUCACAUUUUGACCUUUCAAUGUUCUGCUCAUGUAUUUGCUCUUUAAAAGCCUUAUUUUUCUAUUUUUAAUAUCAUGCUCUGAUCUUUUGAAAUAAU